AUGGCGUCGCUCGUUUCCUCCGCCGUGCUUCCCGCCGCCAUCGCCGCGCCCGUCCUGCCACCUCGGCGAAAUAUCCUCGCGAAUGGCGCCAGUUUCACGCCGUCCCUGAGGUCGCGGGGACUGAGUCCCCUCGGCAGCGCGUUUCAGGGCACGCCCGUGAGUCGCGCUAAGGUGCACGCGCAACGGCAGCACGCGGCGGGAGGCGCGGCGGUGGUGGCGGCCGCGUCGCCCAAGGGGACGGGCAAGGGCACGGUGGUGGUCGAACCCGACCCGCGCAUCCCCAUCGUGCUGCUCGGUGUAUCAGGCGCUCUCUUCCUGGCGGACAAUAAGCUCGCAGCUGCUCCCAUCGGCCUGCUCGGGGCUCUGCUCGCCUUCCAGACCACGCGGGUGCGCUUUGUGUUCGGGGAGGAGGCACUGGAGGUGCGCAUAGGGCAGCAGCUGGAGUCGUCUGGAGAGAACGUCUUCGUGGGCGGCGAGAACAAGUGGUGGUACGACACGUUCGUCAACUGGGAGUUCUGGUGGCCGUCAUUCCCUGUGCUGGUCUAUUUCAAGGAGACCCAGACCCGCCCCGAGGGGCAAGUGCACUUCUUCCCCAUCAUUGCGAACGGCAAGCAGCUGUAUGAUGUGAUGGUGGAGCGCUGUGGUCCCUCGAAGGGCAGUGGGCCGUCUGCUUGA